AAAUUUGCAACGAUUAAAUAAUGGGAUGAAGGGUUGGAUAACCUGUGUAAUCUUGAGUAUAGUCAAAUUUUUAUCCGUACAGUUUUGUUAAAGACUUUGCUGAACAAACUUUGUUUUUAUAUUUUGUAUGAAAUCAAAAUGUUUAUAAAAUCGUUUAAAGUAAAAUCUAACAAUCAAUUGAAAGGAACAGAAAGGAAAAAAUUAUGUGAAGAAAUUUUAGCAGUAUAUCCCACAUUGACAGAUGAAGAGACACAAACGUUAAUUCCUAAAAAAGAGGCAAUAAGUGUUAUGAAAAUUGUAACUCACAAUGGUCAUUUAGGAAAAAUUUAUUGUGUAGCUAAAAUACCUAUGUUUUUUGAACUUGAAUCUUUACAUCAAGCAUUAUUACCUACCGUAUAUACUUUAUGGCAUCAUCCAAAUUUAUUAAAAACUUUUACAACAUAUCCUCCAGUUAUAUCAAAAUUAAUAGGUGGUGCAGAUUUAAUGUUGCCUGGUGUCUAUUUGAAAGAACCUGUGACAUUAUAUUCUUUUGGCAAAUUACAAAAGGGUACACCUGUUUCAAUAAAUACAGAGGAUAAUAAGGCACCAGUUGCUGUUGGUUUUACUGCACUUUCUAGUGAAGAUAUGUAUAUGUCUGGAGGUCAUGGAAAAUGUGUAGAAAUUCUGCAUGUAAUAGGUGAUACAUUGUGUCAACUUGGGAAGCCUCCUUUGAGGCCAAAUUUAGGGCCACCAAAUAUUGAUAUUGAUAGUGAUAAGAUAAAAAAUAUAGAUGAAAUAACUGAUCAGAAAAAUGAGAAUAAUGAAGAAUCACUUAUUGAGACAAUGAAUAAUUUAGAUAUGAAUAACGAUCUAAUAUCAGAAACUGAAACUCCUUAUGAGGAAGAAAACAAAAUGGAAGAAUCUGCUAAAAUUAAAACUAUAGCUACUGAUGAAAUAGAAAUGACUAUGGAUCCAAUAAAAGAAAUGGAUAAUUUGCUUGAAUAUUGCUUCUUAAAAGCUUGCAAAACUUCAGUAAAACCUAGUGAUUUACCAAUAUUAACAUCCAAUUUCUUUAAAAACCAUUUAAUAGCUGCAUGUCCAUCAAAUAAAAACAUAGAUAUAAAAAAAACUCGGUAUAAAAAAUUAUCCUUGUUUUUAGCAGAAAUGAAAACAAAAGGAGUUAUUAAUACCUCUGUUGUUAAAGGUGUUGAAAGUAUAUUAUCAAUUAAGUUUGAUCAUCCUCUUCUAAAAGAAUUAGUCAUUAUAGAGGAACCUACAUCAACCCAGGAGCCAAUUGUUUCCAAUGCGGCAGUUGUCUCUGAAUGUUAUAAAGUGACUGCCGAUGUUUUACCAGUACUAUCAAAAUUUGGAUAUGAAUUGAUUUUCUGUGCAGAGCAGAAGUCGACAACUGUUACAUCAUAUACCAUUAUGCUGUAUUAUAUGAUACGAAUUAUGUAUAUUUUACUCCCAUACAAUGAUUGCAGAAAAGGAGACAUUAUGAAAAGAGCUGAGAUCAGAAAAUGUUUUACUGAAUACGUGAAAGCAGAGAAUCUUCAAGAUGGAAGGAUACUGAAACUGAACCCGCAACUCGCAGGUAUUAUGAAAACUAAAGCGAAUGUGGAAACUGUAAUGAUGGAGGAUGGAAUAAACAAGUUUAUCGGACGUAUGACGCAUAUGCAUGAAGUUACUUUAGCAGGAAAUAAAUUGUUACACACGGGUAAAUUGGAACCUAUUGAUAUGAGAGUCACUGUUCGAUCCGGUGGUAAAAAGGUAACGUUAGUAAAUAAUUUGGAAACAUUUGGCAUAAAUGCUAAAGAAUUUAGCAAAGAAUGUCAGAAUAUUGGAGCGAGUGCAACAAUUACGGAUGAACCAGGAAAAAAAACUCCUAGUGUCCUAGUUCAAGGAAAUCAAAUUUUAUAUGUCUACAAAUUACUUACAGAGAAAUACCAAAUUAAAAAAAUUAUAUAAGAGGAUUAGAAUUCGCUCCAAAGAAACAAGGUUCCCAUAAAAAAUAAGAUAUCUUUAAAUAGUUAUCACGCUAUAGAUGUGACAUGUUAUAUGAAAAAUUAUGUUAUAAAUGAUCUAUUUUUUAUUUA